ACGUGUCCAUCUGCAAGUAUUUAAAACUUUCUUCACAUCUUUCAAAUCCUCGGAACGCGUCAUGGAUUUCUUUCAAAACGCUAAUCUACAACAAACUUCGAAUAACCCGUUGCGGGAGACAUCAAACAAAGCAACACCUGUGCUAGAAUUGCUAAAGGGUGAAAUGACUAUGGACGAUUAUCUUAAUGGUAAUCAAAAGACAAUUCGUAAGUUAACGCUCAUUACAAUCCCUAAAGAAUUUGAGUUUACAGAGAAAAGAGGGAUUAUAAGGAGAGAGUUGGCUGAAAGAGAACAAGAUGAAAAUUUUGAACCCGUUAUUAAUAACACGAAAGACGAAGUCAAACUUAAACCUAAAGAUUCAAAUAGAAAACCAUUGUAUACAUAUGCUUCAUUGAUUGGACAAGCAAUUCUUCAAGCUCCAAAUAGAAGGCUACCUUUAAAUGAAAUUUAUGAAUGGAUAAUGGCUACAUAUCCAUUUUAUAAAAAAGAAAAUAAAGGAUGGCAGAAUUCAAUUCGACACAAUUUAACACUUUGCCCGGCGUUUCGUAAAGUUGAAAGAGAAAGUGGGCAUCCUGCAAAAGGAUCCUACUGGACUAUCCCAGAUGAAUUUAUGUGCUGCUUUGUUAAUGGUGCCUACAAAAAUGAAAGAAUGCCAACGAACAAUAAAAAGAAAAAAAAGUCGAAGACCGGCGAUAAAGAUGUGUCGAGCGAAUGCUCAAUAUCUGGCGCACCGGUGUCUAAGGUUAAAAAUCGAAAUACGACGACUCCUAGUAAAGUAAAAGUGUCGGAUGAGAAAUAUGAGGGACAACAACAGUAUGCAAACAAAGACUCAAAUGAGUAUUCAAAUAUCCAAGAUACUAUAAUGAACAGUAAUCAAUCCUUCGAUGACGAUUCAAAUUUUCGAGAUACUUUUAUGUACAGUAUACAACCAGUUGAUGUGUACAAUCAUCAAAUUAUCGACAUUUUUCAAUAUGCAGGUGGAUUGACUGAAAUGGGCAACCAAACUUCUGACAUAGAUGAUUUUAUCAAUGAUCAUAACUUCAAUGAUACGCUAUCAGCUUCAAGCAAGACAUUCUACGGACUUGACCAUUGUCAAACUAAUAUUGAUAACGUAAACCCCGAUCCGGAUGGUUUGCGCUACUUUUACGCGAUGAAAUGUAAUGUAAAGCAAGAAUGCGAAAGAUAUGUUAAUAUGCGUGAAGUCGAGUUUCAGGAUUUGGACGCAGU